AUUUAUAUGAUAUUCAAUGAUUUUUUCCAUUUAUUAUUCUUUAACGAAAAGCAUUUAAAACAUUAGUCACACGCAGCACGUUUCAGCACAGCCUAAUUUUUGGCAUAUGUUCGCCGAUUGUCAUUUGAUUGCGCGUUUCCUUAUGUAAAUACUUGUAAAUACAGUUUGAUAUCAUUACAUUCAUUUUAUAUUCAGCGGAACUUAUAUCAAACUACGUGAGAAAAAGACUUCCAGGUGAAGGGGAAAAUCUACUUAAUAACCUAUCAUCAUCACCAUUAUAACAAAAUGCUGCUCACGGCCCCAUUACUAUCGAAGUCUUCCUUCUUCGGUUCAUUGGUGAAUAAAUGCAGGCAAGUGAUAAAAAAUCAACCGUCAAAGUCUUCCAACACUAAUGACAGACAAACGAAUAACAUUAACGAUUUACAAUCAUCAUCAAAUUCUUUAACUGAUUCUCACACCGUAACUGCUCCUAUCUCCAUCUCUACCGACAGACCAGCGGCCAUAGCCAACUUUAGCGUCACCGCGAGUGUCGCGUCUACACCACGCACAAUUGAAGAGAAACUCGGUUUACCACCACGACCAAAAAAGCCGCUUACGCCAUAUUUUCGCUUUAUGCAAGACCAGCGUCCAAAAAUACUUGCUGAAAAUCCCAAAUACAGCACUAUCGAUAUAGUACGCGUGAUAUCAAAGCGCUGGAGCAAUGCUGAUGAAGCCCUGAAAAAACGUCUGCAAGAAGACUAUAAGCGAGAUCAGCAAAAGUUUGUAGAAGUACGUGCCAAGUAUGAGGCGAAAAUGACUGAUGAACAACGUAGCGAAUUGAAACAGCUUAAACAAGAUAUACAAGAAGCUAAGGAUCGAAGAAUGAUGAGGAAACGCAUUAAAGAACUCGGUCGUCCUAAAAGACCUGCAUCUGCAUUUCUACGUUUUCUCAUACAAGAACGUACAAAUUCACCACAAACAACAAAACAAACAUACCGUGAAUGGCAUCAGAAAUGCACCGAGAAAUGGGCGCGUCUCACAGAUAAAGAGAAAGAAGUAUUCUUAAUAGAAUCACGUAAAGAUAUGGAAUCUUAUAAAAAAGAGAUUGCGGAAUGGGAAGAAAAAAUGGUGCGCCUGGGCAACAUAGACGUAGUGCGUCAUGGUAAUUUAAUUGAAGCACCAGAACCAAAACUAAAAGGAAUCAAACCAAUUGUUUAGUUGGAAAUUUAAACAUAAUAAAUUCUACUUAUUCUACUUUAUUCGUUUGUUGUAUUAAGUGCAUUUUGCAUUUAUUUUUAUUUUUUCCAUAUAAAAUAUAUAAACACAUACAUAUGUAAAUAUGAACAUGCAUAUUUUGUUAAAAUGUACGAAUUGAUCUUAUACAUACAUCUUUGGCGGAUUAACCUGCAAGUUUCAGUCCGCUUCAAAGCCUUAUGCCCAGAUCAUUUAUUGCAUAUACAUACAUACACAUGUACAUAUGUAGAUAAAUGUGCAUCUACAAGUAAUAGCUAUGUGUUUGCACUUACUAUUUUUCGUUAAAUAUAAGUAAGAAAUAAAAAAA